ACACGCUGAGCUAGGUCAGGGGCACUGUUUCUCCAUCAGAAAGCAGUGUCCCACCCGGCCCCAGCUUUUCUCUCUAUUAUGUCUCUGUGUCUGUUAAUCUCCCUCAGGUCUGGUUCCACUAGCUGCACAGGUCGCGGCAAAGUGGCGCCCACACAGGGACCUGAGCGCGGGGGAACUUGCAGCCAGGCGAGGAGAGGACGCUCCGCGAGGGUGCACAUUGAGAAGCGAAAGUAAGGCUCAGUUUCACCUUGCCAUCUGCAGUCGGCCAGUUUCCGUGGCAGAAGAGGCCACAUCUGCUUCCUGGGGGCCCUGGGCAGAAGCAUGCGGUGGUGCCUCCUCCUGCUCUGGGCGCAGGGGCUGCGGCAGGCUCCCCUCCUGGCUGCAGGAGCUGUGACAGGCAGAAUAGUGACCGUGGGGACCCUUUCUGCAGAGGAAGGGGGCUCGGUCACCUUACAAUGUCACCUCUCCUCCACCACUGCCUUGGUGACCCAGGUCAACUGGGAGCAGCAGAACCAACUCCUGGCCACUCAUCAUUCUGAGUGGGGGUGGCACAUCUCCCCAGCCUUCAGCAAGCGAGUGACCCCCAGCCCCAACCUGGGCCUCACCUUCCGGUCGCUGACCAUGAACGACACCGGGGAGUACUUCUGCAUCUAUCACACGUUCCCUGAUGGCAUCUACAGAGGGCGUCUGUUUCUGGAGGUCCUGCAAAGCUCAGGGGCUGCGUACAGUGCUGGGUUCCAGGUCCCACUGCUUGGAGUCGUAUUGCUGGUGGUCAUCUGCAUAGCAGUCAUUGUGGUGGUCACAUUGACCAGAAAGGAGAAAUUUCUCAGAAUUCGUUCUGCAGAGAGUGGCCAUAGGAGAGCACCCGCUGAACAGGCAGAAUGGGGGCCCAGCGUUCUGUCCUCCGCUGGAAGCUGCGUCCAGGCAGAAGCUGCACCUGCCGGCCUCCGCAGAGAGCAGAGGGGAGAUGACUAUGCUGAGCCGCACGACUAUUUCAACGUCCUGAGCUACAGAAGCCUUGGGGACAUCAGCUUCCCAGCAGAGACUGGUUAGCUCCCAGAGGCAUCUUCCUGGAGACACAGCCUGUCUCAGCUACUACCAAUGGACGUAUAGGGUGUGCCCUCUCCAUCACUGCUGUGUGUGUGUGUGUGUGUGUGUGUGUGCAGCUGCGUGAACGAACGCCAUCCUCGGCUCUGUCUGCAUUUCCACUACCCUUUCCUUCCACGCGAUUGCAGCAGACGAGGGUGAGCCCCUUGAAUCUUGAUUACGAAUGCAAUGUUAACAAAAGUUUGACCUGGUUUUGAAUCCGGCAGUUCGAGCCAGUUCUGUGGCUCUGAGCAAUGCACUCUCCUGACAGCUCUGGCCAGAGGUUCCAGCUGCAGGUUCUGUGGUGGGCGGAGACGGUGGGGGGACUGCAGAGCCACUCGUCCCAUUUCUGUCAUUUCCGUCCGCACUCACACGCUCACGGCGCUCUGUGACGAAGGCACGGGCCCCGCUUCUGCAGGGCCGAGGAUGAUGAGCCACAGUCUCCAGUCCCUCGGCCCUUUCAGAACUUCCAGCUAAGUGGGGACACAAGGUUUCCUGGAAAGGCAGUGAGGAGGCACGGAGAGCAGACCAGGCCUUCGGGAAGACGUGCCAGCUCUGUGUGGGGUGGUCAGGACAGCUUAGCUGGGGUGAAGUGGCCCAGGAAGAUGAGGGACAGAGGCUGGGCUGGUGAGGGCAGGGGCUUUGUCCAAGGAACGUGUCAAAACCCAAGUCGGGAGCUGAGAGCCCCACAGGGAAGACCCUGCUGUCGAGGGAACCAGCGAGUCUUCAGAUUUUAUUCUCUGGGCAGGCGAUUCAAGUCCCCUCUUGUUGGACAUACUCGGGGUGUAGUGAGGGACUGACAUGGAGGACUCGACACACCGGGGGAGAAGCCUUGGGGCGGAGACCCACCUUUUCUCUCUCAAUCCCCCGCGGAGCUUUGAAGAAGGAAUCUGUUUCCCACUAAAAGGAAAACCCAGCUUUCAAAAAUAAGCACUCUUCCUCGGGGAGAGAAAUAAAAAGAGGGUGAUAGAGAGUUUUAAAAAUAUAUAUACCCCCAAACUCUCUUCUCUAAACCCUGAACUUCAGCCCUGACUUCUUUGUGCUGGGGUUGGGGUGGCAUUUCUGUUCAGGCGGCAUUUAGUUUUCUACCCUCCCAGUCUCUCUUGGAGAAGUGAGGAGGGAGGUUGGCUUACAGGUGAGUGGUUUUCUUUCCCGGGCACAGGAACCGAGAGAGACUGAACAAGCUGUCUCUCGGAGCCGGUACAGUGAGGCGCUGUCCGGCUCCCCAGGAAUGGGGCUAGUUGAGCAAGAGGACAGUUCAGCUUCUACUCCUCCUUGGAUUUUUAUUUUUGUUUCUCACUUUUCAACGAACCAGGUCUAUAGUUGGGAGCAAUGAGCUGAAAUCUGUCCAGAGUGCCAAGUUUUUUGGAAGAAAGAGAGAUACACGGAAAAUGCUGUUAUUUGCCUUGACAGUACAUAGCAUUUUUCUUGCAAAACUAGUGCAAAUUGGUUGGGAAUAGAACAGAAUUCACAAUGAUGUAAGGAGGAAAAGGGAGUGUUGUUUUUUUUUUUUAAUAAUAUGUUUUUAUUGAUCUUUUCUUUUUCUUUUAUAGAGAGGAAGGGA